AGACACAGACAAUGAGGUAGCACGCAAGCAUUGGUUGAUGCAUGCAACGUCUGAACGCGGCCAUCGUCUCCACUGCAGCAGGCCCUCAAGUCGAUUACCGAUUUAUGGUCUCACUGAUGGAAAGCCGUGCUGGCAUCGAAAUGUUGAGACAUUCCGAAACAGUGCCAAAUUAAAGUUAAUGCUGACAACUGGGCACACAGGAGCCAUGCUGACGUCUAUCAAGUUGCCUAUUGUGAUCAGAGCCGAAAUCAACUUGGUUUUGGUGGUGGUGACAGCCCUUGGACUUUUGUCCAGACUGUAUGGAAUUAACUUCCCUAAAGCUGUAGUGUUUGAUGAGGUGUACUAUGGACAGUUUGUAUCUCUCUACACAAAGCAGGUCUUCUUUAUUGAUGAGAGUGGUCCACCUCUUGGUCACAUGAUUCUAGCAUUUGGAGCUUAUCUUGGUGGAUUUGAUGGUAACUUUAUCUGGAACAGGAUUGGAGCAGAGUACUCCAGUAAUGUGCCUGUAUGGAGUUUAAGACUGAUACCGGCCCUGGCGGGGUCACUGUGUGUACCCCUGUGUUACCUUCUGGUAGUGGAACUCGGGUACUCACACCUCACAGCACUGGGGGCUGCAUUGCUCUUCCUCAUGGAGAAUUCCUUGAUUGUUCAGUCCCGCUUCAUGCUGCUGGAAUCUGUGCUUAUCUUCUUCCUGCUGCUCGCUGUCGUAUCCUACCUCAGAUUUCACAAUGCACAACGCGGCUCACCAGUCAGUUUGGCGUGGCUGGUGCUGACUGGAGUCACAUGUGCCUGUGCUGUGGGAGUGAAGUACAUGGGUCUGUUCACCUACUUUCUGCUGCUGGGCUUGGCGGCCGUGCACACGUGGCAGCUUAUUGGGGACAGAGCACUGAGAAAUAGUGUGGUGCUGAUGCAGGUAGUGACCCGCUUCCUGGCCCUCGUGGUCCUACCCCUACUGCUCUACCUGGGCUUCUUCUAUGUGCAUUUGAACCUGCUCUACCGCAGUGGCCCACACGACCAGAUGAUGAGCAGUGCCUUCCAGGCCAGCCUAGAGGGAGGAUUGGCCAGGAUCACUCAGGGUCAGCCUCUGGAGGUGGUCUAUGGCUCUCAGGUGACCCUCCGCAGUGUCUCCAGUAAACCCAUACCCUGCUGGCUACACUCCCAUAAGGCCAACUAUCCCAUCAGGUAUGAAAAUGGGCGUGGUAGCUCUCACCAGCAGCAAGUCACCUGUUAUCCGUUCAAAGAUGUCAACAAUUGGUGGAUAAUCAAAGAUCCAGGCAGACAAGACCUUGUUGUGAGCAGCCCUCCCCGCCCUGUUCGCCAUGGUGAUGUUGUCCAGCUUCUUCACGGCAUGACCUCCCGCCUCCUCAACACGUACUGUAUAGCCACGGUUCUGCACACCGCCUUUUCCGUCUGCGCCCCCCAGCCAAUGCACGACGUUGCAGCUCCCAUGAGUCCUCACGCACAGGAGGUGUCUGGCUACAUUGACUUCAAUGUGUCAAUGCCAGCCCAGAAUCUCUGGAAAGUGGACAUUGCGAACAGGGAGGCGGAACAAGAUGUCUGGAAGACUAUUCUCUCUGAAGUACGUUUGAUUCACAUCAACACCUCGGCUGUGCUCAAGCUGAGCGGUUCUUCCCUUCCAGAGUGGGGCUACAGGCAGCUGGAAGUGGUGGGGGAUAAGAUCUACAAGGGCUACCAGCCCAGCGGUGUUUGGAAUGUUGAGGAGCACCGCUACGGCAGGAGUCUGGAGCAGAGAGAGCGAGAGCUGGAGCUACACUCCCCCACACACAUUGACAUCAACCGCAACCUCACCUUCGUUGCAAAAUUCCUGGAGCUACAGUGGAAGAUGCUGACGGUAAAGCAUGAGGAUUCUGAACACAAGUACAGCUCUUCACCUCUAGAAUGGAUCACGAUGAAUACCAACAUUGCGUACUGGCUCCACCCUGCGAGCAAUGCCCAGAUCCACCUGAUUGGCAACUUUGUCACUUGGACCCUGGCAAACCUCGCCCUUGUGGUGUACGUCCUUCUUUUCCUAUCGUAUCUAUUAAGGAGGCGACGGAAAAUUGAAGACAUUCCAGAAGCCACCUGGUGCCAGCUGCUUCAGGCAGGAGUAGUGUGUGCUGGUGGCUGGGCUGUCAACUACCUGCCCUUCUUCAUGAUGGAGAAGACACUGUUCCUGUAUCACUACCUGCCAGCUCUCACCUUCCAGAUCCUGCUGAUCCCUGUGGUUCUGGAGCACCUGCACACACACAUGCUGAGGUGUGCUUCUCUCCGGUGUGCUCUUCGUGGAGUUGUAUUGGCAGGGUUGUCCUCAGUAUAUCUGUCCUUCCGCACCUUCAGUCCUCUCACCUAUGGUCAGCCAGAACUGAGCGCCGAGCAGCUGGCUUCGUUGCGCUGGAGGGACAGUUGGGACAUCUUGUUUCGCAGACGUUAAGUCUUCACCGUACACCCCCACUGACUGGGGAGCCGUACAUUUGCACAGGGCAGGAAGCGCCUAAGGGAACCGUUCCAAAGGAAGGGCUUAUUAAAAACAUGUUUGGUAGAGUGGAUUACUUUCAUUUUAUUAGUGAGUGCCUCUACAUGGGAUCAGAGAACUUUGGGUCCAGAAACUGUUUCAAUCUUUGAGGGAUCUCACACUUCUACAGCUCCGGUCAAUGUGAAAACCAUGUUUACAAGUAUUUUUCUGUAUAAUUUACAGAUCAAAAGGGAAUGUUUCCCCAAAAAUGUCACUGUGAUGAACCACUUUUUAACCAUUUCUUCAUGUGGAAUUUAAGGCUGCAUAACAAUUGAAAUAAAAAACGUAAUAAACCACAA